AUGCUAUACGGUUGCAGAGACAUAGAGGAGGAGGAUCUGCUUAUCCAGUGUGACACAUUUGAGGAGUUCAAGAUAGAAGAUGAUGAGGAAUUGUUAAAGAUAUGUGAUGGGAUAAACAUGAAUGAUCAUCAUGAGGUCUUUUCAUCUCUCUUCAAUAAAGUGAGCCGCUCUCCAGUCUCCAUYCAGCUGUUGUCCAUCCUCCAGAGCCUUUUGCACCUGGAACCAUCUCACCACUCCAGUCUCUUGCUGUGGGAGUCCCUGGAUGCUGUAGUAAACCGAGCCAUUYUGCUCGCAAAUGACAUUCAGGAGAACACAGUUGAAGAAGUCAUUGAGAGGCUGUUAUCUAUCAAGAAACAUCCCAACAAGCAAAAGCGAGCUGAAAAACGUCUGUCUGGGAACAUGAGUGAAGGUGUUCAGACCGAGCUGGAAGUGUGUGUGAGUGCAGUUCAGAACCCCCUGAGAUCAAACAACCCUUCCAAGGCACCGGCACCUCCAUCAGGGCCAUCUGCUGCAGAAGAGAUUUCAUCCUCCGAGCUCUCAGUAUGCUCAGCCUCACCGGAGACACUUACCCCUGCACCCACCACUGCCCCCACCCCAGCACCUCCUGCACCACCACCGCCUCCACCACUCCCAGGCACAGCAGCCAUGGCCUCUGCAUGCCCCACAAUGGAUAUUCCUCCAGCCCCUCCACUCCCAGGCACAUCUUCAUCCUCUGCAGCCCCUCUGCCUGGUGUGGGGGGCAUCCCACCCCCUCCACCACUACCUGGUGUGGGAGGCRUCCCACCCCCUCCACCACUGCCUGGUGUGGGAGGCAUCCCACCCCCUCCACCACUGCCUGGCAUGGCAAGUGUCCCAGCACCUCCACCACUGCCUGGCAUGGGAGGCAUCCCACCCCCUCCACCAUUGCCUGGCAUGGGGGGUGUCCCACCACCCCCACCACUGCCCGGCAUGGGGGGUAUCCCACCACCCCCACCACCCCUGCCCGGCAUGGCACCCUUCCCAGGAGAGCAGAUAGAAGCCGUUGUGGCUGCCCAGUUCAGCUGCCCAGUGGGCUCCGCCAGGCCCAUCCRCAAGACGGUGAAGACACCAACUUUGAGAAUGAAGAAGUUGAACUGGCAGAAGCUGCCCUCCAAUGUCGUGAGAGAAGGUCACUCGAUGUGGGCUUCGGUGGGUAGCAGCAGUGAGGAAAGCAUAGAGCCCAAUUAUACAAGCAUAGAGCAACUGUUUUGCUUCCCACAACCAACUCCCAAGGAGAAAACGGCUGCACCAGUGAAGACGGAACCAAAGGAGAUCACAUUUUUGGACUCCAAGAAAAGUCUCAAUUUGAACAUAUUUUUGAAGCAAUUUAAAUGCUCCAAUGAAGAGGUGGCUGCAAUGGUCCAGAAUGGGGACAGAACCAAGUUUGAUGUCGAGGUGCUGAAGCAGUUGCUCAAGCUCCUGCCUGAAAAGCAUGAGAUAGAAAACUUGAAGGCCUUCAAAGAAGAGAAAUCAAAGCUAGCAAAUGCAGAUCAGUUUUAUCUCCUCCUCCUUCAGAUUCCCAGCUAUCAGCUGCGGAUUGAAUGUAUGCUGAUCUGUGAAGAGACCAGUGUUGUGCUGGACAUGAUYCAUCCAAAAGCUGCAAUCAUCCAGAGAGCUUGUGAAGAUCUUCUGAACAGUCAUCGUCUGCCCCUCUUCUGUCAACUGAUUCUCAAAGUUGGAAACUUUCUGAACUAUGGAAGUCACACAGGUGAUGCUGAUGGGUUUAAGAUCAGCACUUUACUCAAGCUAACAGAGACCAAAGCAAACCAAACCCGCGUUACAUUGCUGCACCAUAUUCUGGAGGAAGUAGAAAACAGGCACACGGACCUACUGGAACUGCCAAAAGACCUUGAAAAUGUUUCAAAAGCAGCAGGAAUUAAUAUUGAUAUUAUACGCUCGGAGUCCAGUGCCAAUUUAAAGAAGUUGCUGGAGCUACAGCGAAAGAUGUCAUCAUCAAAUGAAGAUGUGAAACAACAGUAUGAGAAACCUAUCCAGGAUAGCAUUGAUGCUUCCAGAAAGCUUGAAGAAGAAUUUGAAACUAUUGAAAGGAAGAGAGAAGAACUUGCAAAUUAUCUCUGUGAAGACCCAACGAAGUUGUCCUUAGAGGACAUGUUUAGCACCAUGAAGACCUUCAGAGACCUCUUCAUCCGAGCCAUGAAGGAAAACAAGGACAGAAAGGAGCAGGCUGCAAAAGCAGAAAAGAGGAAGAAGCAACUGGAAGAAGAAGAGGCUAAGAGACAGAAGGGAGAAAAUGGAAAAGUCAGUAAGUAUCAGAAAGAUGUUAAGAAGGGAGCAGCGAAGCAGGAGGAUGUGUGUGUCAUCGAUGCACUGCUGGCCGACAUAAGGAAAGGCUUCACGCUGAGGAAGACGAAGAACAGAACUGAGGUGGAUGCGCUUCCUAAAACCUUGCCAGCGGAGAGCCCAGAGGAGAGCCAGUCUGGAAAGGGCAUUAAGGAUUCACAAGCAGCGGGAAAACAAAUCAACGAUAAGAAAAAGCCAAGCAGCAACGGUCAUCCCUCAGAAGGUAUCCCCACUCCAGCCACUACCCUAAUGGAGAUGGGUAAAGAUGCUACAGAUGCCUCAGCUUCCAACCAGGUGAUUCCUAAAGAAAAUGCUGAGGGAAAAUUGCCAGCAGAGCGCCAAACUGAAGGCUCAUCUGCAAGCUUGAUGGAAGCUGAUGGGGCUGGUCAGGCCGAGCAGGGAGCAGGCGAUCAGCAUGUGAAUAGCAUCCAGGGGAGCACCAAGAGCGGCACCUUCACCUUCUCUCCUGCCAGUAUAGGUGCUGGGAUAAAGUUUGGGAGCAGUGGUUUGAGCACCGCUUUAAGAGACCAGUCCAAUGGGUCCAUCUCAGAAGAGCAGGACAGAGAAUCCCAUGCUGAAGGAGGAGAGAGCAUUAGGCCAGCUGGUGAGCAGAUGAUCCAACCAAGCAAUCUCCAGCUAAGUACGAACGGAAGAGAUCCUGGCAGUGCUCAGUCCACUCGCUUUGAUGAGGCUUAUCAGGGUGAGUCAAGAGAGACAGUGAAGGAAAAUGAAGACCCUGGUACUGACUCACAGUUGGACACUUCUCAAGAGAAGUCCUUUUCAGAGGAGCCAGCUACCGAUUCUUCCUGUUCGGCAACGCUUCCCCCUGGACAAACUUGUAGUGACAGGGAAAAGCAAAGAACAUCUGGGAAACGGAAAAAGAAGAAGAGGCACAGCAAAAGCUACACAGAGCAGGAGAACGGGACCAGGGAAGCCAUGGAGAACACAGUGCCAAGCAAGAAGUGUCCCACUCGCCGUAAUUCAGUGCCCAGGAGAUCUGUUCAAAAAGUGAACAAAUGCAUUCAAGUUGACAUGGAUUUGGAAGAAGAGAACCCCAGGGUUCAUCUGAACCUUUCUCCACUAACCUGUUUUUCCAAGGAGCAAGAACAGUCUCCUGGGAAGAUGUCACCUCCCCAGCAAGGGGCUUCCCCAUCCUCCCCGCAACAGCCUGCUGUACCAGCAAUGCAGCCGUCGCUGCCAGCCCCUCCAGCCCUACCCCCUGGAUGCAAGAUGCUCCCACCACYGCUUCCCAGGCUGGACACAAACGCCCUGCCUCUCCCACCACCUCCGCCGUGCAGUGAUCCCGACUGCAGCCACCUCACCUGUGGAUGCACCAGGCAGCCCUGCGCUAAGAAGGCAAAGACACCAACGCUGAGGAUGAAGGUGUUCCACUGGCAGAAGCUCCCCUCUGACGUGGUGAGACAAAGCCGCUCCAUGUGGACUGCAGUGGCAGGUGGCAGCAAGGAGCUUGUAGAGCCUGACUACACCAGCUUGGAGCUGCUUUUCUGCGUUCCGCCAGAUGCACAUAAGGAGAAAACAGGGCCAAAAAUAAAGAAAUCAAAAGAGAUUACAUUCAUAGGUCUAAAGAAAAGUCUUCUGCUGAAUAUAUUUCUGAAGCAAUUUAAAUGCUCCAAUAAAGAGAUCGCUGAAAUGAUUCACAAAGGGGAUGGAUCCAAGUUUGAUGCUGAGAUUAUAAAGCAGCUACUUAAACUGCUGCCUGAAAAGCAUGAGAUAGAUAGCCUGAAAUCUUGCAAAGAAGAAAAAUCUGAACUAGCAAAUACAGAUCAAUUUUAUCUCCAUCUCCUUGAAGUUCCUAACUACCAGUUGCGGAUUGAAUGUAUGCUGGUAUGUGAGGAAACAAAAAAUCUGCUGGACUGUCUGUGGCCAAAAGCACAAGCAAUCAGGGGAGCCUGUGAAACCCUUCUUACUAGUCACCGACUGCCAAUUUUCUGUCAGCUGAUUCUUAAAGUUGGAAACUUUCUGAACUAUGGGCAUCACAGUGGAGAUGCUGGAGGCUUUAAAAUUAGUGCCUUGCUCAAGCUAACAGAGACAAAAGCAAACCAAAGCCACGUUACUCUACUUCACCAUAUUCUGGAGGAGGUUGAAAGAAACCACAGAGAUUUGCUGCAGCUUCCCAGUGAUCUUGAAUUAGUUUCCAAGGCAGCAGGAAUCCACUUUGAAGUUAUGCGGGCUGAAGCAGGUGCCAAYGUGAAGAAAUUGCUGGAAAUAGAGAAGCGUUUACUUCUGUCAACAGACGAUUUAAAAAUACAGCACGGAAAAUCUAUUCAAGGCAGUAUUAUCGCUUCCAAGGACCUGCAGAAGGAAUUUGCCGUCAUUGAAAAGAAGAAGGAAGAACUUGCUGAUUAUCUGUGUGAAGACCGAAAAAAAAUAUCCUUGGAAGAUCUAUUUAUCACAAUGAAAACCUUCAGAGAGCUCUUCCUCAAGGCCUUACAGGUGGUUUGUAUUUGUGAAUUUUUAGAAAUACAGCGGGACUGA